AUGGCUGCGGUUGUUUAUGGCAAUAGUCCGCGACACAGCAGUCGCCACCAUCAGGGUCACCUGCUGUCGCAGCAUUCACCUUACCACACGCCAUCGGCGGUGGUGCAACAAAGUGUCGUGUCGGCUCAGCAUCACUCACUGCCUCCGCCACCGGUCGGUCACCAUCACUCCUCGUCGUCGGUGUCCGUUUCCCCGCCAUCGCAGAUCAUCACCCCGCCGACAUCCUACCUUUCGUCUGCUACGACCGCCAUCUCCUCGCAGCAGUCCGUUUCGCAGCAGCAGCAGCAACAACAGCAACAGCAGCAAGCAUCCUACUAUCACCACCAUCACUCGCAGUCGGUGUCACUCCCACCGCAGCAUUCCCAAACGCUCAGCAACUACCAUCAGCUGCGCAGCUCGAAGCGGAAGUCCGCCGUGGAGCUGCUCGCCGAAAGCAAGCCAUUCUACGUGAAAUCGGAAACGGUUCUAGACCGGCAGCAGCAACUACUCAACAAACGGUCCAGCGGUGGUAGUGGCGGUGGGAGCGGUGGUAGUAGUGGUGGAGGCGGUGGUGGUGGUGGAGGAUCUGGUUCCCAGCAGAGCAGAGGAGGAGUCGACGGUGGAUGCGGCAGUACCGGAACGCUUAGUGGAUCAUAUAUGGUAUCACCCUCGCGGACGCUUUCCUCAUCAGCCGUAGCGCAGGCAUUACAGCAGCAAGUUCAACAGCAACAGCAACAGCAGCAGCAUCAACAACAGCAACGGCCGGCCAGCCGCCGGAGCGCCUCAUCCGGAUCCGAUCUGCUGCAGACCAAGCUGCGCAAGCUGCUCAACGCCGCCGACAGCAAAGAGACAAUAAUACCACCCACCGAUGUGGGCAUAAUCAAUUCUAAAUUCGGCCAACCGCUGGAGACGAGCUACAUCGGCACUGGAAUGGUCGGUGGCGGUGGGCUGGACGAUAUCGGGUAUAUUCAGCCGCCGAAAAACUACCAGCAGCAGCUGACCGUGCACCCGGAGCAGCCGAGCGACGUGUCCGUGUUCUUCCCGAGUGCGUUCCUGUCGCCCCAGUCGUUGCCGCCACAUCCGGGCGGCGACGACGAUCUCUACCUGUACGGCGGACUGCACGACAGUUUGGUGCUGACCGAUGACUACCACGCCAUCAGCCCACCGGCCGAGUACGCCGAACAGCAACAGCAGCAACAGCAACAACAGCAGCAGCAGCAACAACAUGGAGGUUCGCCAGAGGGCAAGCAUCCCAUCGGCGGUGGUCAUAGUCGCUACAACUAUCAACGAUCGUACUCGCACUCACAGGCUGUGGUCACCGGCUCGGGACACCAUCCGACCGACGAGUCGGACUACUCGCCGACACAGUCCUACAACAUCAACAGCCACAAAUCGCUGCCAGAUCUGCACUCCCAAAGCAGUCGCCAUUCGCCGCACUCCGAGGCGCUCAGCUGCUGCAGCCGGGGCAACCGUUCGAACCGCUCCGGCAGCUCGUUUAACCGGGACUCGGGUGGUUCCUCCGGGCACUAUACGCACCACAGCGAACCUUGCUGCAAGCAGCAACAACAGCAACAGCAGCAGCAGCAGCACCAGCAACAGCAUCACCCGCAUCAGCAGCAGCAGCAUCAGCAGUCGCAUCAUUCUCACUCGCAAAUGAUGAUGCAACACCAGCAGCAGCAGCAGCAUUUGCAACACUCGCACUCUACGCAGCAGCAGCAGCAGCAACACUAUCAACACCAGCACCCGCUGCAGCAGCAGUCGAACGACUCCAUGAUGAUGCUGGGUGAUUACCGACGCGAUAGCGGAUCCUCAACGCAGCACAGUGGCAACUCGUACUACGCGUACGGCAUUCCUCCGCUCCGGUACGAUUGCAUCGAGUGUCGGGCAAAGAUCCGCGAGGAGGCGGCCGACUGUUUGCUGAACUUCACCACCCCGGAGGUGCCGGAAGCCUUCCAGGAUGGCUACAGCGAGAAGCAGCACCAGAUCCUCCAACAACAACAGCAGCAGCAGCAUCAGCAGCAAAAGAGUCAGCAACAGAAGUACUACGACGAUCGGAGUGGCGGUAGUGCGGGCAGUCGAAAGUACUACAAAAGUGCUGCAGCACCACCCAUGUCGCCUCUGUCGCCCGUUUCGCCCCUUUCCCCGCCGGAUCAGCAGCAACCGCUACCCCAACAGCAGCAGCAGCAGCUCGAUCUCAGCCCACCGUUGGGUACGUUCAAGAGGCAAAAGUGUCUGCGGUUUAAGAACCGCAGUGGUCGCCAGUCGGCCGUCAGCAACCCGUCACCGUCGGCCGGUGCGCGGUUCGGACCGGGGGGAGGAGGCUCGAGUGCAAGCGCCGGUGCAGGAGGUGGCGGCACGAUGGAGGACGAUCGACGGCCAAUCCUGCGCUCGAAGAGUGACAUUAGCGAUCGCUACUGGAACCGUAGUCAACCCCCACCCGAUCGUGGGGUCGGCAGUGCGGGUGGUGGUGGUGCACCGGAUGGACGAGAUCAUCAUCGGGAGCGUCGGGAGCGUGAGCGUGACCGGGAUCACCGUGACCGUGAUCGGGAGCGCGAGCGGGAUCGCGAUCGGGAUCACCAUCCGCACCAGGAGAAGCAACGAUCGCGCUCGGACAGUCUGACGCAGCUGGAACGGUUCUUCGAUCGGCUCGGGCUGGACGAGGAAACGUACGAUCGCUACAUCGCGCCCAGCGGACCGAAGAACAACCUGCGCGACCACCGGCGAACAUCCGGUGGUGGAAACUAUCACCACAGCAAUUCCACCUCCUCCGACAUCCACCGCCUGUCGGAUGACUGCUCGCCGGUCGGCGGCGCCGGAGCCGACUCGGAUGAGUCCAGUGCCGUGUUCUUCUCCGACGUAUCGACGAUCGACUCGACCAAGCUGCCCGAUAGUACGGAAACGGCGGGCGCGGGUGUUGCGGCUAGUGUGCCGCAAGCUGUCGUCGGUGCGACUGUCGUGGUUGGUGGUCCGACUGGAGUUGGCGGUCCGGAAGCCGGAGGUCCACUACUCGGCGGUGGUGGUGGUGUAGGCGGGGCACCGCUCUACCGCACCAGCGAACCACCGUCGAUCAUCGAGCGCAACGCGCGCAUCAUUAAGUGGCUGUGCAACUGCAAGAAGAUGCAGCUAACCUAG